UCCUUUCUUCUCUCCACAUACACACACACCAUGGGCAGACUUGUUGGAUUAGAACUCCAUAACUUCAAAUCGUACCGCGGAACCACCAAGGUCGGCUUCGGGACCUCCUAUUUCACCUCCAUCAUUGGCCCCAAUGGGGCCGGGAAAUCCAACAUGAUGGACGCCAUCUCGUUUGUAUUGGGGGUGCGCAGCCAAAAUUUGCGGUCAGCCAAUGUGAAAGACAUGAUCUACCGUGGAAGGGUUAUGAACGACGAACUGGACGACAAAGUUCCCAAGUCCGCGUACGUGAUGGCCAUCUACGAAAAGGCAAACGGCGAGGUACUAAAGCUCAAGCGUACAAUCACGCAAAGAAACAGCGCUUAUACGGUUAAUGGUGAAAGCGUCUCGUCAGCGGUCUAUGCUAACUUGUUGAAGGAAGAGAAUAUCUUAAUCAAGGCACGCAACUUCCUUGUGUUCCAGGGGGACGUGGAGCAGAUAGCAAGCCAGUCCGCACGCGACCUCACCAACUUGCUUGAGACCGUGAGCGGCUCGGUGGAAGAUGUGUCUCAGUAUGAUACGCGCCGCGAAGCGCAGGAACGUGCUCGUGAGACAUCCUCGACACUCUUUGCGCGCAAGCGCGCACUAAACUCUGAACUCAAGCAAUACCGCGAACAGGCAGUCGAGGGUGCCUCCUUUAAAGCCAAGCUCGCAGACCGUGCCAACCUUGUCACGCUCAUGAACGUGCACAAGGCGUAUCACAACGAACAACAGCACCACCGCUUGGCCGCGGACAUCGCGGAGGGUCAAAACGCGCUCAGCGCGCUCCGCGCGAAGCUCGACAAGGAAGAGAGCGUGCUCCGUGUGUUAACCACUGAGUAUGCAAAGCGUGCGGUUCUGGCUGAAAAGCAAAAGAAGCAGGGGGCGAAGACGCGGUUGCAGCUCGAGGAAAAGCGCCGUGCGUUGAUCCCUGUAGGCGUCGCGAAGGAUGCCCUCACAAAGAAAAUCCGCGACUAUCAGCGGCGCAUCGCAGCACUCCUGGCCGAUGUGCGCGCACAGACCAAGACCAUUACGGGCUAUGAGGCGCAACUUAAGACGGUGCAACGUGCAUUGAAACAGUUCGAGGCGGCGGGGGUGACCACCGUGUUGUCAGGCGAGGGCCAGGAAGAGUACGAACAGUUGAAAGAGCGAUUGUUGUCGACGGCUGAGGGCUCGCAACACGAAGACACGAUCAACUUACUUGCGGACGAGCGCGAGAACCUUGCAGCGCAGCUCGCAGCACUCCAGAAACAGAAGGCACUCACGACGGCGCGUAUCGCAGAGUUGGCACAUGCACGCACGCAGACCUCUGCGAAGUGCGACGAUGCGACGGCGCGGUGCAACGAGACAAUGGAAUUGUUGGAAAGUAAGAAGCUGAGUCUCCAGCAGUUGGUGGAAGCGCGCGACCGACUCACAAAGCAGGAAUACGACUUGGGCACGCAACUCCGUGAGGUGCUUGUGGCACUCGACGAGUUGAACGCAGACGCACGCGAGUCUGCGCGCGAAAAGAAGCUUCGCGAGAACGUGGCGUCGUUACGCCGGCUCUUCCCAGGCGUCAAGGGAUUAGUGCAUGACUUGUGCCAGCCCAAGCAAAAGAAGUACGAGGUAGCCGUGGCAACGCUCUUGGGUAAGAACUUUGACGCCGUCGUCGUGGACACGCUCUCGACGGCCACCAAGUGCAUCGAGUACCUAAAGGAGCAGCGCGCAGGGGUUGCGUCUUUUAUCCCAUUAGACCGUGUGGAGGCGCGCGCUCCACAUCCCAGCUUGCGCGCGCUCCACGCAGACGCGACGCCGGCGUUGGACGUAAUCGAGUACGACGCGCCGUUUGAGCGGGCGGUGCAAUACGCGGUGUCCGACGCGAUUGUGUGCAGUACAAUGGAGGUUGCACGUUACGUCAAGUGGGAGCGCAACAUCGACGUCAAGGUAGUGACCCUCGACGGUUCGCUCAUCCACAAGGCCGGGUUGAUGACCGGCGGGCGCACCAAGCUGGAACGCCGCUGGAAUAAAAACGAGGCCGCAGAAUUGGGCGCGAGAAAGGAGGAGUUACAGACAGCGUUGGCGACGUUGCAGACGUCCAAGCCGAGCGAGGUGGUAGAGAAGCAAGUCCGCGACGAUAUCAGCGACUUGCUGAACCAGUUGCCAGUGUUGCGUGCGACACGUGCAGAGCUCGAACGUGCGGUACAGGACCGCGACGCAGAGAUUUCUUACCAAGAAACGACCGCAAAGGAGCACGCAACGGAGGAGAAAGCUGUUGCUAGCAGUCUCAAGGCUUUGGACAAGAAGACUGUGAGCGUUGAAUCGAAGAUCGAAACCUUACAGACCGAGAUUUUUGGAGAGUUUUGCCGGAAACACGGGUUCCGGACCAUCCGUGAGUACGAGUUGACCCACGGCAACUACUUCAGAGCCCGAGCGAAGGAAAGGGCCGUGUUUGUGAAGCAGACCGCAGUUCUUGAAAACAAGUUGAUGUUUGAAAGGGAGAGACAUCAGGAGACGGAGGCCCGUUUGGUACGUUUGGGCCGCGACAAAGAGGGCUUGGAUGAGUCUUUUAAGGAGCUGUUGGCUGCCCAGGAGGCUUUGCAGAGUGAGAUUGAUCUCCUUGAGAGCGAAAUUGAGGUGAACCACGAGGAAACUACCGCGGUGGCUGAAGAUCUCGCGGGAAAGCUUCGGUUUAGUAAAUCGGUGGAAGCGCGCGUGAUGGAGUACAAGGCAGAGUUCCACAAGCUCGAGUCACAACUCCGCAAGUUGAAUGAAGACUUGUUAAAGCAGGACGUGGAGCGGGUAAAUCACUUGAAGAACUGCAAGAUCGAAAAUGUGGAGCUUCCGCUCCUCCGCGGGGACCUCGCGCAAGUAGCGAUCGGCGAGGACGCGAGCACCUUGGUUGUAGCCGCAUAUGCGGUGGAGAUCGACUACACGCUCUUGUCGGAGCGCUUGCGUGCACACAGCCGCGCAGGCAUCGAGGCUGAAUUUACAGAGAAGCUCGCGCUCCUCGCGCAAGAGUUGGAGCUGAUGACACCGAACUCCAAGGCCAACGACCGGCUUACGGAUGUGGAGCACAAGUUGCUGGAGCUUGAACAAGCGUUUGUGCUUGCACGUGCAGCAGAAGUUGAGGCCACUGCGGCCUUCAAUAGCGUCAAGGAGCUGCGUUACGCCGCGUUCAUGGAAGCGUUUGUGCACAUCUCGGGGAAAAUUGAUUCCAUCUACAAGGAGUUGACCAAGUCCGCGUCGUCGCCGCUCGGUGGGUCUGCGUUCCUCACGUUGGAGGACGAGGAUGAGCCAUACAACGCCGGCGUCAAAUACCACGCGAUGCCACCGAUGAAGCGCUUCCGCGACAUGGAGUUGCUCUCCGGCGGGGAAAAGACUAUCGCAGCACUCGCGCUCUUGUUUGCGGUGCAUUCGUACCAUCCGUCACCGUUCUUUGUGUUGGACGAGGUUGAUGCAGCGUUGGACAACUCGAAUGUGAACAAAAUCGCAAACUACAUUAGCACAAACGCCGGGCCAAAUUUCCAAUUCAUUGUGAUUUCGUUAAAGAACUCGUUAUUUGAACGGAGUGACGCGUUGGUGGGGAUCUACAGAGAGCAGAACGAAAAUUCGUCAAAGACAGUGACGAUGGAUCUUCGUGAGUACCCAACUGCUUAAUCUCGAGAACGAAGUAAGCAGGGCCUAGACUAUCCUUAUCCCGUAAACAAAGGGAAAAGGAUCUGUGUUACUUUCCUAAUCCAGCAUUACCCCUGUGGACGAGAUAUCAACAACAUUUUUCUACUAGUCUCUAGAUUGGCUUACACGCGUUUUUGAAAGCAUUUGACUCCUCUUGCUAGCCUUUGAGUAUGUUUGCUUAAAAUCCAUCAACUCCGUAGUUAGUUACGAUCUCUUGUUUUGUUUAUGCUUCUCUGUUGUUCCCUCUUGGUCUUGGGCCUUUGGUUAAUUUUCGGAGUUUCAAUGUUUAGCUUUAUGAUUGCAUUUAAAGUAAAAAUCUUAUUUUCUG